AUGGCGCUCAGGAAGCCUUCAAGCAUGGCCGAAGUCGCAUUGGUACCUCUGAAGAACUGUCUCGUGAACCUACCUCCAUCACUUGUCUCACUGCUGGUCAAUGCCAACGCUCCUGCGCAGAAUGUCAUUGUUGAACUCCAAUAUCGUUCCUCGUCAGUGAAGGCGAAUGGUAGUCCGGCGCAACGAUCAUGUUACUUGGGAUGGACGGGAAUGCCGAGCAAGCGGAAGCUUGCACCUGUCGUUGAUCGGAAUGGCAUCAGUGGAGGAUCUUCUAGGGAACAGGAUAUUUCUACUGUGGAGGUAGAUACCACGUUUGCGAGAGUCCUGGGCCUUGCAGAGGGACAGAAGGUUGGGAUAUACAUACACCUUGAUCCGCCAGUGGCUCAUACGAUAAACAUUGAGCCCUUAACGCCAGAGGACUGGGAAACAUGGCUGGUAGUCAUCGAGCUUCACGCGAACUUCUUGGAACUAAAUCUCCUGUCGCAAAUCCGCGCUCUGCCUAAUCCUACGUAUACUUCGCCACAGUCUGAACAUAUGCACCCCCUUGCGCUACACCUUUCUCCCACUUCCACCGCUAACAUCGUCAUCACUUCCUUGACCCCUGCCCCGCCAAACACAUCAGCAUUCGCAAAGAUAGCGCCGGAUGCAGAAGUGAUCGUUGCCCCGAAGGUUCGGCCUAAGACUUCAAGAAGUUCUAGAGGGGAUAGUCGAAGUGUGAAUGGCAGCAGCCGGAAGAGUGUUGGUGGAAGAAGUAACGGGAGCACAGUGCGAGCAAAAAGCGGUCGCUCUGAUUCAACGAAUCGAGGUGCUCUCUACUUCCGGGGCGUUGAUCGCCAACUGGUCGAACCAUACUUUGACGGAGAAUUCGAAGAUGAUACCAACGAGGGUUUUCGUGUAUGGCUUGAUCCCGACAUGCUUGCCACGAGCGAGCUUCGUGGCGUCAAGUGGGCAUGCAUUACCAUCGUCCAGCCCGCGGGGUUGAAGGCACCACCGGAUCCCCAGCAACAAAUGACUCAAGCGGAACAGAAGGCGAGUGAAGCAGGAUUACCAGCUCCGAAACUCGUGGCUAGACUAGCUCCCUGGAUCGACUCUCCAGACAGUCAGCACAUCGCCAUGUCUACUGUGCUAUGUUCGGCCCUAGGUGCUGAAGGUAUGGUUGGUGGUAUAGUACGGGUUGAAGCAGCCUCUCCGCCUUUGCCACGGUCGACUGUCAAAACGCUCAAGAUUUACCCAUUCAUGUCUGAUCCAACGAGAAAGAAGGACGGGCUCAGGUUUGGUGCAGAUACCGCAGCUGCCAAGGAUGCGCUGCUUGAGCGCAUCAAGGUGAUCUAUGGCAGCACCGGAACAGAUCACGGCUUACUCUCGGGACCGUUGACAGAUGGUAUGAUCGUACCGAAGUCGGAGAAUCAGACUUCGGUGUCCACAUUCGAUGGUGCCAUCAUCCGGUUCGAUCCUCCUUUGAAAAGCAGCCCCGACGCCCCCAAACAGAUGUCUGGGUGGGUGUUGGGAUCAGAAGCGAAGCUUUCGCUAGAAGUACAGGCCGAGAUCCCCAAACCCGCUGAGUCAGGCCAAUCCAUUCUUCCCACGGAGGAGCCACUCCCCAGCAGCAUUCCUGAUCUGGUCAGUAUCGACCAGAUCAUUUCCCAAUCUCUCGAUAAUUUGACCAAGUCCUCUUCUGUCUUAAUAACAGGCGGUCUUGGUUCCGGUAAAACGGCUCUGAGCCACCUGCUGGGUCACCGGCUGCGAAAGGAUCACUUGUUCAAUGUGAAAUAUUUCUCCUGCCGAAAACUUGUCACUGAUGAAACCCGAAUCUCAAACAUCAAAGAAACGCUGAGCCGAUUGUUCAUGUCUGCUUCGUGGUGCGCUCGGCUCGGUGGACAAUCUGUUGUGAUUCUGGACGAUCUUGACAAGUUAUGUCCUGUGGAGACAGAGCUGCAAGUGGGCGGUGAUAACGGCCGUAGCCGUCAAAAUAGUGAAGUGAUCUGUUCGAUGGUUCGAGAAUACUGUUCAAUGAACUCGUCAGUGGUGUUGCUGGCGACGGCACAAUCGAAAGAGUCAUUGAACAAUGUCAUUAUUGGAGGUCAUGUGGUUCGCGAGAUCAUCCACUUGAGAGCGCCUGAUAAGGAAGGGCGUCGUAAGGUUCUUGAGAAGCUUACAAGUGAUGAUCGAGCCACAGGCAGCCUUGCCAACGGCCAUUCACGAACUGCAAGCGCGUCAACCCAAGACUCUUGGCUGGAUCCUUCAAAUCCGGGGAGCCGUCCUAGCUCCGCUGGAGCAGAUGGCUUCGUACUAGCGCGUGAUAUUGACUUCCUCGACCUGGCGGGUAAAACAGACGGGUACAUGCCUGGCGAUCUGGUCUUACUUGUCGCUCGGGCACGAAAUGAGGCGCUGAUACGGUCUGUUCAAGCCACCCUGGCGGCGUCGAAAGCAAUCACUUUCGGGGCCGAGGACUUUGAAAACGCUAUCAAGGGCUUCACCCCAGCGUCUCUACGCAAUGUCACCCUUACCUCAUCCACUACAACAUUCUCAGCUAUUGGCGGUCUGCACGAGACCCGGAAGAUGCUGUUGGAGACCCUACAAUACCCGACGAAAUACGCGCCUAUCUUUGCGCAAUGUCCUCUGCGUCUGCGUUCGGGCUUGCUCCUGUAUGGCUUUCCGGGCUGCGGAAAGACUCUUUUGGCUAGUGCGAUUGCGGGCGAGUGUGGCCUCAAUUUCAUUAGUGUCAAGGGUCCCGAGAUCCUGAACAAAUACAUCGGUGCAAGUGAGAAGAGUGUGCGUGAUCUGUUUGAACGCGCCCAGGCUGCCCGACCAUGCAUUCUUUUCUUCGAUGAAUUCGACAGUAUCGCGCCCAAGCGUGGUCACGAUUCUACCGGCGUUACAGACCGCGUUGUCAACCAGCUUCUCACGCAGAUGGAUGGUGCAGAGGGUCUUUCGGGCGUGUAUGUUCUCGCGGCCACCUCUCGCCCGGAUUUGAUUGACCCUGCACUGCUUCGCCCAGGUCGAUUGGACAAGUCUUUGCUCUGCGACAUGCCGAGCCACUCUGACCGACUUGAUAUCAUUCGAGCUGUAAGCACCAAGCUUGCGAUGGAUCAGGAAGUUGUUGCCCGUUUGGAUGAAGUCGCGGCGAGGACCCAGGGCUUCUCCGGUGCUGAUCUACAAGCCGUGGUUUACAACGCCCAUCUCGAGGCUGUCCACGAUGCACUCGGCGACCAACCCGGCGCAACCACCAAAUCAUCAACGAAGACCAACACCAAGCAAGCCUCAAGCACCAGCAGCAAAUCAUUUAUCCAAUUCUUGUAUUCGACAUCCGAGCAAAGAGCCGGAUCCGUAUCCAUGCCGCCGCCAGCAGUUGUCGCCGCUCGGAUCGACGCCAUCAAGAAUGCCCGGCGUCGUCUACGUCAAAUAGAACAGGGAACCGCCGGCGCUGCCACUGCGCCCACCACGAAUGGGGCGACAGACGAGGAGCCGCGCGAGGAGAUCGUGGUCCGGUGGGAGCAUAUGGAGCGAUCACUGACCACCACACGCAGCUCCCUCAGUGAUACCGAACGCAGGCGGUUGCAGGCAAUCUACCGCGAAUUUGUAGAAGGACGUGAUGGCGAGAUGCCCAACGGAGAAGCUGGUCGUGAGAUUGGCGGACGGACGAGCCUGAUGUAG